AUGCGAACCGCACCGCAGGCAGUGGCGCACAAGUCCAAGACCCAGAGCGAGUUCCUUAGCGACUUGCUGUACUUCCACGCGAAUUUCUUUCCGCCGCCGCCCCCGCCGCGUGUGCCGAUGGGCACGCGCCGCAGCCGUGCCGAGCUGUGGUACCACUACGCGUCGAAGUGGGACAUUACGCACCGCCUGCCGCCGCCGCCACGCACGCCUCUGCCGGAGAUGGAGCUGCAGCGGCAAGAGCGGCUUCAGGAACUCACACGCACACCGUACCACGGCGACCGUUGGUUGAAGAUAUGCGAGCGGUGGUACGAUGUAGUGGAGCAGCAGUUCAACUACCCGGCGGACAACACAGCCGUCUCGAUCCAGCCGAGUUUUGUGCUGCGUCACAUCAUCGCUGGAUAA